AUGACGGCAGCUCUUGACCAGCCGCCUCUCGAUGCGCUCGUGGGCGGCCCGGUUGUUGACUCUACUUCUAUGACGCCGCCGCAGAGUGCGAACGGAAAGAAGGAUAUGCCUGAAGGAGUACCCUCGGAAUUAUCAGACCUUGAGCUGGACCAGAAGUCGGCCCAAGCGCCCGAUGAACCUCCGAUCAAGCAGGAAGAGCAGGAAGCACUGGAAGAGGACAUUGGCCCCAUCGAACCCGACCAUUACUACGGCGAUGGAAAGAUCCCAGUGUUCAGACCGACUAUGAACCAGUUCCGGGAUUUCAAGAAAUUUAUCGACAAGAUCGACGAUUAUGGAAUGAAGGCCGGAAUCGUGAAAGUUGUUCCUCCGAAGGAAUGGUCCGAUUCACUUGCCCCGCUGGACGAGGCAGUCAAGUCAAUUCGCGUGAAGAACCCCAUUAUGCAGGAGUUUCACGGUUCGCACGGCACCUACACCCAGGCCAACAUCGAGAAACAGCGAACGUAUAACCUACCACAAUGGAAGGGACUCUGUGAGGAGAGCAGCCAUCAGCCCCCUGCUCGUCGAGGUGAAAGGCGCCGCAAUCAGGAGCGCGUGAAUCGUGCGACCCAUACUCCGCGGCCCCAGCCUGCUCGCCCGGCAGGUGACGGCUCGAAGCGUCGACCUGGCCGUCCUCCCAAGCGUGGAAACCAGGCGAAGGUUAAGGAGGAACCCGCCGAUGAUGCCCAAAUUUCUAAGCCCGAGGGCCCUCCGACACCCGUGUCGCCCGAGUCGAACCCCGUCGAGACAAAAAGCGAAGACUUGAGCGAUGGCGAAUCUCUUCCUCCUACGAAGCCCAAAGGCAGGCAGCCUAAGUCUGUGACUUCACGGCGAAAGAAUAACCGUGGCGAUACAGUCGACCAGGUUGACGAAGAAGCAUUCAAGGAUUUCGAUUAUCGCAUUCACGACAACGAGGACUACACCGCGGAGCGAUGCGAGGAGCUCGAAACUGCAUACUGGAAGUCCCUUAUGUUCAACAAUCCGAUGUACGGAGCAGACAUGCCUGGCUCGCUCUUUGAAGACUCGGUCGAUUCGUGGAACGUCGCCAAGUUGCCGAACUUGCUCGAUGUCCUUGGACAAAAGGUGCCCGGUGUCAACACGGCAUACUUGUACCUGGGAAUGUGGAAGGCCACUUUCGCUUGGCAUCUUGAGGACGUUGACCUCUACAGCAUCAACUAUAUCCACUUCGGUGCCCCGAAGCAGUGGUACAGCAUUUCGCAAGAAGAUGCCCCCAAGUUUGAGGCGGCCAUGCGCAGUAUCUGGUCGAGCGAUGCGAAGAAUUGCGACCAAUUUUUGCGCCACAAAACCUAUUUGGUCUCGCCCAGCUUGCUUAAAUCUCAGUAUGGCAUCACGGUCAACCGAUUAGUCCACUACGAAGGGGAGUUCGUCAUCACAUUCCCUUACGGUUACCAUUCUGGCUACAACGUCGGAUACAACUGUGCCGAGUCGGUCAACUUCGCUACCGAGAAGUGGUUGGAGUAUGGCCGAGUUGCUAAGAAGUGCCACUGCGAGGCUGACAGUGUCUGGAUCGACGUCGACGAAAUCGAGCGCAAGCUGCGCGGUGAAACCACACCCGAAUAUUAUGGCGAAUACGACAGCGAGCUCGACGCAUUUGAAGGCGCUUCAGAUCUUCUGACGCCUCCGCGCAGUGUACCCGAGAAGACCUCCGCCCGUGGCCAAAAGCGGAAGAACGCGGGCGACGGCCCGAGAACCAAACGAGUUAAACUCCACCUCCAGGGACCACGGAAGAUCCCGUGCUUGCUCUGCCCCAAUGAUCUUGAUUACGAGGAUUUGUUGCCGACGGAAGACGGCAAGGGUAAUGCUCACCGGCGGUGUGCAAUGUUUAUUGAGGAGACCAGUAUCCUCCGCGAUACGUCCGGAAACGAAGUGGUAUGUGAUAUCGACAGGAUACCUAAGGCCCGUCUGGGUUUAAAAUGUCUCUUCUGUCGCGAGGUUCGUGGCGCUUGCUUCCAGUGCAAUUUCGGGAAAUGCACUCGUGCUUAUCAUGCCACAUGUGCGCUUCUGGCCGGUGUUCAGGUCGAGCAUGGGUCCAUUGCGGUGAUUGCCGAUGAUGGCCAGCAAUACUCGCUGCCCAGUGUGGACCUGAAGUGCAAAUUCCAUCGUCAGAAGCGCCCUACCGGCCUGCUAGGCGAGUCGUCCGAUCUGGAUCGACGGGUGAUCGAAGCCGCUCGUCGUCUGGUGCAGGGCGAUUUGAUCCAAUUCCAAGUCGACAAGGAAAUCAAUGGGGCCAUUGUGCUUCAGAAUCGCCAGGAGGAGCGGAGUCUCCUGCUGAAGGUUCUGCCGCGAGGAGACGUCAUUGAGAUGCCAUAUCGCUGGAUGUUGGUGGUGCGCAAGAGCAACUUCGUGCCCCUCGCGCCAGGCAUCCCACCGCUUCCGACCCACUUGGCGCGCAAGCCGGAACGCAAAGAGCUUGAAACGGCUGUACCGGUGGCGGGCAGUGCCUUUGGCGACAGCGGAUCUCCCUAUCAGUGGGCCGAAUUUGAGACGGUCGAUGCAGCUAGCAACGCAUUCGCCCCACUGACGGUCAACCUGGACAAAGGGGAACAGGUGUGGCAUUACCUGGGCAAGCCGUCCACCGAGAGUAGGGCACAGUAUACCCACAACCCUAGCGUGCCCAUCCACAACCCGCGGGCCAAUUUCCUGGACAGCGUCAAGUCGCUUGGCGUGGCUGGUGUCAAUGCUCGUGCAUCGAAGAUCUCCCCCCACCACCACUUCCGCUAUGCUCCCACCGCCCCUGCCCCUCCCUACCAGCAAAAUCUUUACGCCCGCCAACCCCAGGCACAACAACAACAUCGUUAUCUGAACCCCUCUCUGCAAUCCCGACCGCCCUCCUUUACCUCCGCUCCCUCCCUGCAGCACCUUGCCCCUCCCCCUCACCCUUCCCCUGCUGCCGGUGCUGCUGCUGCCGGUCCUGCGAUGCCGUCGGCCUUUCGUACCCUUCCGAACCAAUCUGCCCGCCAUGCCCCCUAUCCUUCCGUCGCCAAGUCGCACCAGCAGCAGCAUCACCUCCCUUCCACCAAUACCUUUGCCAACGUUCGUGAACUCAUUGCCCGUCGUCGUCUGGCCCAGAUCACCGACCAUGCCAAUGUCUUCGCCGGGUACACGAUCGUUAGCCCCGAAUUGGUGGUAGAGACCCUGCUGGGCCCCAUGGGCUCCAUUCCCCCGGCAAAUGGCCUCGAGAAGCUCGAGCUCGCCAUGGCCCAGCAGCGGGUGCAGCCUCGGGCUGCCGAUGGGACCUUGUUACCGCCUCAGACCCUGAAUAUGCGGUCGGAGGAGGUGACCCGUCUCCUUCAAAUGCUUCGGUUCUCGUUAGUUAGCCAUCGUGAGCGACUGGACGUGAUCCAGAAGAAAGAGUCGGAGGGGAUCAAGCAGGAGACCAUCGAUCGGGGUAGCGUGGCCGCGGCUAAGAUGCCUGGUAAAUACGCCUUUCUCGAUCAGCAGCGGGCCCUGGCCCCCAACGUCUAUCAGUCCCCGUACAACAUGCCGUCCGGCCUCUCGGAGUAUGCCAAGACGACCUACGGGCUGAUCCCGUCGGAGGACGAGCCGCCCAAGGAGUCACUGGCCAAUGAUUUCUUCAACAGUCUCUCGCAGGCUGACAAGGAGAAAAUCAUGAAGACUUGUGGCAGCUUCGUGCAACGUGCCAUUGACCGAUCGACCAGCCAUAGCCGACAUAGCUCAACGGGCUCGAAUCUCCGACUGUCAUCGGCUCUUGCACAGCAGACCUCCAACCCGACCAUCGAUAUCACGACGGUCGACGAUCCCCCGCUUUCCGGUCUAGAUCUGCCCCUACAUGCCGAUUCGCCGUGCUCCAGUUUCGGUCGAUCACACCUGCGGUACCAAUCGCCCAAUGAGUUCCCCAUCCACGGCCCUGAUCCUCACCCCGAUCAUCACGAUCUCUUUGGGGACCAGCAGGAAAACACUCGUUUCUGGCAGAACGGUCCGUGGAUCGCCGGCGAUGGCAACACCCCGAAUGACGAGAACCGACCAUUCUUUGGGCCGCACUUCGGACCGCACGAACGGCUCAAGCAUGACUAUGCUUCCUCCGACAUCUCCCUGGGCAAGGGACCGGGGUCAUUACACUCCGUUGACAUGGCCGGCUUCGGCCUUGACACGACUGAUGAUCUCUGUGCCGGACUGAGCCCAUGA